GUUUCUGCCGAGAUCGUCUCAAGGGCACACCUGAUUGUUCAUCGUUGUUGUGGCACGUCCUUUCUCCAGUGUGUAAUCCGUACAUUAUCUGAUUCUGACAGGUACUCAAUUUGAUCUUGAACCUGCCCUACUGUCUGCCAAGACAAGGUGCCGUAGGAUAUGCAGAUUCCCUAGGCUGACUUCCACCAAAAAUGCUUGCCAAUUGGACAAUUCCGCAGCUGGGCGGCAGGGUCCAAGCUACCAUUGGGUCACGCUGCAAACACCACUUUUCCGUGGCUGGACCUAUUGCUCAUUGGGCAUGAUGGCAGGCAUGAUAGUCUAUAAGUUGCAUAACCAUGUCCUCUGCGCUGGCAAAGGCAGCACCGCUGAAGGCUGAGAUUCGCCUGGCCCAGGCUGUCUCUCAGUUUGAAGCAGACCUCUCCACUGAACAAAAAGCUGCCUUCGGCGCCUAUAGAUCCCGGUCCUGCAGAGCAUCUCCAAGCAUCCACGAUGUCAUGCAGCUCACCGCCGAGAUCGACCGCCAAACGACCCGGAAACUUGGCGGUGGCGGCCGAUGCUUUGGACCACGUUUGACCAAUAUACUACAGUCCAUCCAGCAAUUCGCAGCACUUGGAGACAUCAUAAUCGGCGGUUCCCAGAACAUCAUUGCGUGCGGUGUCUGGUCGCUUGCGCGGUUUACGUUGCUUUCAGUCGUAAACUUCUCCUCUGUCCUCGAAAAGCUAUCGACUCUGCUAAUGAUCGCCGGUCGCUCGGCUCCCCGUUACGAGAGACUGGCCUUGCUCUAUCCCCGAUCCCACGCUCUGCAGUCGCACCUGUCCGAGUACUUCAUUGUGAUAGUUCGUCUCUGUCACCAGGUAUUCAAGUUCACCAAGAAGACGAUCUUGGGACAGCUGGGGUCGGCUUUGGUUGACUCUGACAUACACACCUACCAAUCAGAGCUCGAGCGGUGGGCAAGUUCGAUCGGAGAGGAAGUGGAUGUGCUCAAUGUCGAGGAGCAGAGGACCCGCUUCAAAGCUCUGAUGCGGUCUUCCAAAUCCGAGGCCAACCGUCGAAGACUGGAUGUCCAUGCCCGGGUGCUUGACUCAUGCUCCACUUACGAUUAUCAGACAACAUGGAAGCAGAUUCGAAAGCUGGGCAAUGCUACCUGGUUUUACCAGACUUCCAAAUACGAAGACUGGAAAACCAGGCCAGAUUCUGGCACGCUGUUAUGCACAGGCAAGCUAGGAUCUGGCAAAUCAGUUCUAUUAGCCAACAUUGUCGAUGAUCUCAAUCUUCAUGUACAAGCUGCCGAAUAUCCUGUGGCUUACUUCUUUUGUCGCCACGAUAUCUCCGAAAGCCUGAAGGCCUGUACAAUCAUUGGGUCUUUGGCUCGACAACUUUUGCACCCAAUUGCAGACCUCUCCACGAUAGAGAACAUUCUGGACGAUGCCACCCUUGUCCUCGAUUUCGAGACGAUACUCAACUUGCUCCGACGCGCCCUACCGCCCGACUUCAAAGCCUACUUCGUCUUGGACGGCUUGGAUGCGUGUGACGAUCUUCAGAGACGGGAAUUGAUUCGGCAAGUCCGCAAGGUCCAGGAUGCUUUCGCACUUCUUCUUUGUGUCUCAUUCAGAUUAGAAGCAGAUAAUGUCAUGAGGCUAAGCCCGGAACCGUUUGCCAAUCACAGCAUCAUUACAAUUUCCGAAGACAAUCCCGACAUUGAGAAUUUCGUUAGUGCUGAGUUGGAACGACGGAUCGAAUCUCGAAAUCUGAUGAUGGGAGACCCUACACUUGUCAUCGAGAUACAGGAUGCCUUGCUAAGGGGCGCUCAGGGGAUGUUUCUCUGGGUGGUUCUUCAAAUCGAAUCCUUGUGCGCCGCCAAGACGGAUGAAGCCAUUCGCCACGCUCUGGCUGAACUUCCGAAGGACCUUCCGGAAACCUAUUCUCGCAUUCUGCAGAGAUCGGCACACUUAGGGAAGCAAUAUCAGACGCGGAUAUUGGAACUCGUCACUGUGGCCCGCCGGCCCUUGACGACGGAAGAACUUCGAGAAGCUUUGAGUGUAGUUCUAGGUGACACAGAGUGGAACCCUGCACGACAUCUCAACGACAUAUAUUCGGCUUUGGCUAGCUGUGGAAGCCUUAUCACGGUCGAUGAAGAAGACUGGACCGUAAGGCUGAUUCAUCAUAGCAUCAAGCAAUUCCUCCUCGGUGGAUUCAAAACCUCGACUGGCGCGAUAUUUACAAGGGAGAACGCAGACAGGACAAUGGGAGGUAUUAUUGUCACGUACCUCAAUUACGGCAUUUUCGAGACCCAAAUUUCUAGCACGGCAGUCCCACAGAUAAAGAGUGAAGCUGCGCCGUCUAGGAUCAUCCAGUCGAUGGAUGUUUCAAGCAGUGCUCGGAACCUUGCGAUACAACUCUUGAAGUCGAGGAGACAACCAAAAUUUGAUCUGGGAAAAGCCCUUGCACAGGCGAGGAAGAAAGUACAAUCAGGUUCUGUGAAUCAGUUCCGAUUCUACCCCUAUGCAGAGUCGAAUUGGCAGCAGCAUGCCUGGUGUAUUUUGAAGCAAGAGCCUGUGCUAUACGCCCUCCUAGUUAAAUUGCUAGAGCGGAAGACUGUUGAUAUACAUAAUAGAAACGACAAUGGUCUGACAUUGCUGCUGUCAGCAGCAAUGGAUGGGCACGAGGCGGUCGUCAAGCUGCUCGCCGAGAAGGGCGCCCACCUAGAGAGCAGAGGCAAUGGCAGAACAGCGCUGAUCUGGGCAGCAAUGAGGGGACACGAGGCGGUCGUCAAGCUACUCGCCGAGAAGGGCGCCGACCUAGAGAACAGAUACAACUACGACAGACACAGCAGUGGAACAGCGCUGACGUGGGCAGCGAAGAACGGGCACGACGCUGUCGUCAAGCUGCUUGCCGAGAAGGGCGCCUACCUAUGGAGCACAGACUACUACGACAAUGACAGCACGGCGCUGAUCUUGGCAGCGAAGAAUGGGCACGAGGCUGUCGUCAAGCUGCUUGCCGAGAAGGGCGCCAACCUAGAGAGCAGAGACAAGCACGGCAGCACGGCGCUGAUCUUGGCAGCGAAGAGUGGGCACGAGGCUGUCGUCAAGCUACUUGCCGAGAAGGGCGCCAACCUAGAGAGCGGAGACCACUACAGCAGCACGGCGCUGAUCUGGGCAGCGAAGAGUGGGCACGAGGCUGUCGUCAAGCUACUCGCCGAGAAGGGCGCCAACCUAGAGAAAACAGCGGGCUACAGCGGUGGAACAGCGCUGAUGUUGGCAGCGAAGAACGGGCACGAGGCUGUCGUCAAGCUGCUUGCCGAGAAGGGCGCCAACCUAGAGAGCGGAGACCGCUACAGCGGUGGAAGAACAGCGCUGAUGUUGGCAGCGGAGAACGGGCACGAGGCUGUCGUCAAGCUGCUUGCCGAGAAGGGCGUCAACCUAGAGACCAGAGACAACAGCGGUGGAACAGCGCUGAUGUUGGCAGCGAAGAACGGGCACGAGGCUGUCGUCAAGCUGCUUGCCGAGAAGGGCGCCAACCUAGAGAGCAGAGACAACGGCGGAACAGCGCUGACGUUGGCAGCAGAGAACGGGCACGAGGCGGUCGUCAGGUAA